CUGGAGAAGACUACGCACGCUGGUCCAUCAAACGCGCUUCGAACAUCCAUUGAGUUUCUGUGUAAAUAAAUCACACAUUUUCCGCGUGAUUUUGAGAUUGGUGGCGGGGAGGAGAUGCGGCGGCUCGGCUCGGUGCAGCACAAGGUUCCGUGCGUUUUUACCACGGAGGUGUGGGAAGAACCAUCCCGAAAACGAGACUGUCAGCCAUAUCAGGUCAUUGCCACGGAGACCCUGAAUCCUGUUGCCGUGGACGCGGAUGUGGAGUCUGCGGUUGCCACGGAGAAAGUGGAUGGCACCUGCUGCUACGUUUCCCUGUUCAGAGGUGAGCCGUACCUUUGGGCUCGACUGGACCGAAAGCCAAACAAACAGGCGGAAAAGCGCUUUAAGAGACACCAGCAUCUGCAUCGCACUGGCAAAGGUUUCUCGUGGAAUGUAGAGGAGGACUUUAAAUCUGUCCCUGAGUUCUGGAUCCCAGCUCGUGGAGUCAAACAUGAGAACAAUCAGCCUGUGCCAGAUGAGAAUGGACAUAUCCCAGGCUGGGUUCCAGUGGACAGACACAGUAAACAGUACUGCUGGCACUCCUCUGUGGUGGACUAUGAGCUUGGAGCCGCUUUGGUCCUUAGGCUCAUAUCCCAUAGUAAUCUCAACAACCACAACAACUGCAACACUCACUGUGACCAACAGGAGGAGCAGCAGAGGGGGACGCUCGAGAUAACCGCUGUUCCUUUAAAUGAGCUCUUGGAGCAAACUCUCGAGCUCAUCGGGACCAACGUCAACGGGAAUCCAUACGGUUUGGGCUGUAAGAAGCGCCCGGUGCACUGCCUGGUGUCUCACGGCUCUCUGCCCCUCUGCGGCCCUCCUCCUCUGGACUUCCACAAACUCCACUCGUGGCUCCAGAGGCCGGAGGGGCGAGUGGAGGGGAUCGUCUGGCACUGCCCCAACGGAACUCUACUCAAGCUGCACCGGCAUCAUGUGGGGCUACGGUGGCCUGAUGGGGACACUCUCCUCUCCUCUCGCCCUGUGGUGGUGCACGUCAACGCCACGGUGAACGAAUACGACGACAGUAAAGAUUUAUUCACGUCUUUCUCCAAACUCAACGGACACAAGUUUGACAGACUCCAGGAUCUCACAUUUGAGAGUUAGAAAAAAAGUAUGGGCCAAAAGAUUUACCUCAAAAGAAGAAAACAUUCUCAUUUAGUUUGACAUUUUUUAAGUGCUGCAGUUGUCUAAAGAAAUUCUUAGUGGACUAAAGACAUGUCCUGCUGAUUGAUUAGUCGGUUUAAAAGGGGGCGUGGCAAAAGCUCUCGAAACGAUUACGUAUCUUUAUGUAUCUGACCCAAACUCACAAGACGACACCUGUAUGUGAGAUCUUGUAAAAAUUACUAUUUAUGCAGAAAAAAGUACCAAGAAACUAGGUAUUAAUAAAAUAAGUUAUACAAGUUUUGGGUUGACUAAGACACCAUCAACAUUUAUCAGUGGAACAGUGUGAUUGGUUGCAGACUCCGCCCCCGCAGCCUGGUGUUUGUAUCAGAAACACCCGGCUGUAAUCAGGGCAGUCUACUUGUCUACUUUGCACUAAAAUUGCCAAAAACUACUAGAAACAGUAGAUAAUGCUAUUAAAACUCCUUAUGCACAGUUUAGUAGCAAAAAAGAGGGAUUUAGUGUUUAGUUCCACUUUAAAAUCAUGAAUGGUAGUAUUUAUAGUAGUACAGAAUGUAUUUGUUUACAUUCUCUGUAAAUAAUCAAUACUGAAGUUGACAGUUGAAUUUUGAACUUACUCCUAGGCCUGUUACAAUAACAUUUUGAGGUACAACAUAUCACUACAGAGAAAUAUAACGAUAAAUGAUAAUACGGAAAGUACUUUAUACCACUUACACAAAAACAAUAAAACAGGAUAAUCCCAGUAAACUUUUUUUUUAAUGAACAGUAUUUGUAAAAGUAUCCCCAUUUUUGCAAAGACAGAUAUUACAAAAGCAAAAUAAAAUAGUUCCAUCUAAUCAUAUAUUGACCGAUAAGUGGAUAUAGUAAUUAUUGUGACAAGCCUUAUUACUGCUGUUCUAACAUGGGUGGGUUGGACUUUGAAUGAUUUUUUUUUUGUUUAAAUUUUCUAAAUAAAAUAGUUUACAAACUAUAAAAAGGUUUACAAAUGCUAAUUGUCUUAUGUCAAAAUAAAGAUUUGCUGUAAUUUUUUGUUAAUCUGAACAAAUGUGAAAUAAAAAACGACUCCAACAUGAAAAUCGUU